CAAUGCAUGCCGGGCACGUCACGCACCGACUAGGCGCCGCGGUGGAUGCCGGGAGGAUUGAAGCAGCCAGACUGAGCCGGGGUUUCUGGAGAGCGGAGCUCCGCCCCCUCAGCUCUCCCCGGGAUACCGGUGUGGCCGGCAGGAGACACGGGAGCCGCUGAGGAUUAAACCCCCGGCUGUGGUGAGCGCGGUUCCCGGGGUCCUGCCGCUGCUUUCGGUGCCUGUCGGUUCGGGGCUCAGAGAAGGAGCCGAGUGUGAGUGGCAGAAUUCUCAAUCCUGGGAUCACGUGACGGUGACGCCAAGAUGAUGUGCGAAGUGAUGCCAACGAUUAGCGAGGCUGAGAUGCCUUCUGGGGGCAACGGAGGCCAUGGGUCGGGGUCUCCUGUACAGGCAGACUCCGAUUCUCACUUUGAGCAGCUGAUGGUGUCCAUGUUGGAGGAAAGAGACAGACUGCUUGACACAUUGCGGGAAACCCAGGAAUCUCUAUCAUUAAGUCAGUGCAAGUUCCAGGAAGCAAGCCAUGAACGGGAUUCUCUCCAGAGGCAGCUGAACACGGCCCUUCCACAGGAGUUUGCCGCACUGACAAAAGAGCUAAAUAUUUGUCGAGAGCAACUUCUGGAGAGGGAGGAAGAGAUCUCUGAACUAAAGGCAGAAAGAAACAAUACCAGGCUCUUACUAGAACAUCUGGAGUGCCUGGUUUCCCGACAUGAACGGUCCCUCAGGAUGACAGUUGUGAAGAGACAGGCGCAGUCUCCUGCUGGGGUGUCCAGUGAAGUUGAAGUCCUAAAGGCGCUCAAGUCUCUGUUUGAGCAUCACAAAGCUUUGGAUGAAAAGGUGAGAGAGAGGUUACGAGUAGCAUUAGAGAGAUGUAGCUUAUUGGAAGAAGAACUGGCUGUAACACACAAAGAGCUGAUGAUCACAAGAGAGCAGAAUAAUCAGAAGAAAAUAUUCAAUGACGGUACAUCGGAUGUAAACCACGAGCAAGAAAACGCACUUAACACUAACGGGAAGAGAUCCUCAGACGGCUCUAUAAAUCACAAUGAAGACCUAUCUAAAAUAAUGGAGCUCCAGGAUGUCAUAGAGAGGCAAACCAAGGAGCAGGUUCAAAUGAAGGAGCGCCUGGCUGUUCUUUCCAACCGGGUAACGGAGCUCGAAGAAGAUCUCGACACUGCAAGGAAAGACUUAAUCAAGUCGGAAGAAAUGAACUCAAAGCUUCAACGAGACGUACGAGAGGCCAUGGCCCAGAAGGACGACAUGGAAGAGAGAAUCACCACUCUUGAAAAACGCUACCUCUCCGCACAGCGCGAAGCCACCUCUGUGCACGACCUCAACGAUAAACUUGAAAAUGAAAUCGCUAACAAAGAGUCUGCUCUCAGACAGAGUGAAGAGAAGAACCGGCAAAUUCAGGAACGACUUGAGCUGGCAGAGCAGAAGCUUCAGCAGACUCUGAGGAAAGCAGAAACACUGCCUGAGGUAGAAGCAGAACUGGCACAGCGCGUGGCUGCUCUUUCAAAGGCGGAGGAGAGACACGGUAAUAUUGAGGAACGCUUACGCCAGAUGGAGUCGCAGUUGGAAGAAAAGAAUCAGGAACUACAGAGGGCCCGACAGAGAGAGAAAAUGAAUGAAGAACACAACAAACGCCUCUCGGACACCGUGGACAAACUUCUCUCAGAGUCCAACGAGAGGCUUCAGCUUCAUCUUAAAGAGAGAAUGGCUUCGCUGGAAGAUAAGAACGCUCUGAUCCGAGAGGUCGACACUGCCAAGAAGCUCAUUGAUGAAAUCCAGCAUGAGAAGGAUCAGCUGCUGCUCGAUAUAGACACCCUGAGAUCAGAAUGUGAGCAAGUCAGAAUAAGGGCAGCUUCCCUUCAUCACAGCCGACCUCACCUUGGCAGUGUGCCCGACUUCCGUUUUGCUCUUGCACCUUCCUCCGUGUCUGACCCUCACACCGACUCCUACAGCUCUUCUCUAGUCUUGCGCAGGCCUCAGAAAGGCCGUCUGGCUGCUUUGCGGGAUGAGCCAUCCAAGCCUCAGCACGUACAGACCCUCAAUGAGCAGGACUGGGAGAGGGCUCAGCAGGCAAAUGUUCUCGCUAACGUGGCACAAGCGUUUGAGAGCGACGUGGACAUUUCAGACAUAGAGGAUGAUAGAGAGACUAUAUUGAGUUCAGUGGAUCUGCUGUCACCUUGCGGCCAGGCCGAUGCACAGACUCUUGCCGUCAUGCUUCAAGAGCAGCUGGAUGCCAUCAAUAAUGAAAUCAGAUUAAUACAGGAAGAGAAAGAGACCACAGAACAGCGAGCAGAGGAGAUUGAAUCCCGGGUUGUGAGUGGGAGCAUAGAUAAUUUGGGCCGUUUCAAGUCCAUCACUUCGAUUCCCCCUUAUACUGGUGGUACUUCUCUUGCCGGAUCCUCUCCUCCUGGUAGUGGUCGCUCAACUCCAAGAAGAAUACCCCAUAGUCCAGCCCGGGAAGUGGAUAGGCUGGGUGUCAUGACAUUGCCUAGCGAUUUACGGAAGUACCGUAGAAAGCCGCCAGGUACGAGAGAUGAAAAUCGGGACGACAAGGCCCCAAUCAGAUGUGAAACCUCCCCGCCUGCCUCUCCCAGAUCCUUGCGUUUGGGCGCCAUGCAUAAAGGAGCUCUGCACACAAUGAGCCAUGAAGACAUUCGUGAUAUCAGGAAUUCCACAGGUUCACAGGAUGGCCAGGUGAGCAACCCCAGCAGCAGUAACAGUAGCCAGGAUUCCUUAAACAAAGCACCUAAGAAGAAGGGGAUUAAGUCUUCUAUUGGUCGACUCUUUGGAAAAAAAGAAAAGGGCCGGCCUGGGCAGAUGGGAAAGGAGUCACUCGGACCAGGCGGGAUUCCAGAAUUUGAGAGCUCUUCCCAGGAAUCCUUAGGGCUCAGCAAGCUGGGAGGGCAGACUGAGAAGAACCGCAAGCUACAGAAGAAACAUGAACUUCUCGAAGAAGCUCGCAGGCAGGGCUUGCCGUUUGCACAGUGGGAUGGGCCCACAGUGGUGGUCUGGCUGGAGCUGUGGGUGGGAAUGCCCGCCUGGUAUGUGGCUGCUUGCAGGGCCAAUGUGAAAAGUGGUGCAAUAAUGUCCGCUCUGUCCGACACCGAGAUCCAGAGGGAGAUCGGCAUCAGCAACCCGUUGCACCGGCUCAAGCUUCGACUCGCCAUCCAAGAGAUCAUGUCUUUAACCAGCCCGUCGGCUCCUGCCACUUCUAGAACGUCCACGGGAAAUGUCUGGGUAACUCACGAAGAAAUGGAAACCCUUACCGCCUCACCACAAACGGACGAUGAGGAGGGAAGCUGGGCUCAGACCUUGGCCUAUGGAGAUAUGAAUCACGAGUGGAUUGGAAAUGAGUGGCUGCCCAGCUUGGGGUUGCCUCAGUACCGCAGCUAUUUCAUGGAGUGCCUUGUUGAUGCCAGAAUGCUGGAUCACUUGACUAAGAAGGAUCUCAGGGGGCAGCUAAAAAUGGUGGAUAGCUUUCACAGGAACAGUUUCCAGUGUGGAAUCAUGUGCUUGCGAAGGUUAAACUAUGACAGGAAGGAGCUGGAACGGAAACGAGAGGAAUGCCAGAACGAGAUUAAAGAUGUGCUCGUCUGGAGCAACGAACGGCUGAUCAAUUGGCUGGAAUCCAUUGGCCUGAAAGAAUAUGCAAACAACCUUCUGGAAAGUGGGGUUCACGGUGCUCUGGUUGCCUUAGACGAGACGUUCGACCACAACACGUUGGCUUUGUUUUUACAGAUCCCCACCCAGAACACAUCGGCACGUGCAAUGUUGGAGCGGGAGUUCAACAACCUCCUCAUCAGAGGGUCAGACAGAAGAUUUGACGACGAUGAUGAUAAAAGCUUUAGACGAGCGCCAUCAUGGAGAAAGAAAUUCCGACCAAAGGAUGUUCGAGGUUUGAGCGCUGGCUCCGCAGAGACUCUCCCUGCCAACUUCAGAGUCAACUCCUCAAUGUCUUCACCUUCUAUGCAGCCAAAGAAAAUGCAGAUGGAUGGCAAUGUGUCUGGAAUACAAAGACUGGAUUCCGCCACGGUUAGGACGUAUUCCUGCUAACGAUGUCUGUUGUUUACCCACACUACUUCUACAGAUGAUUAUGCAACGUUGGAACAUGACGUGAUUUUACAUUUCCAGACCCGGGAGAGAUCUCACUACAAAAAAAAAAAAAAAAAAAAAAUAUAUAUAUAUAUAUAUAUAUAUAUAUAUAUAUAUAUAUAUAUAUAUAUAUAUAUAUAUAUAUAUAUAUAUAUAUAUAUAUAUAUAUAUAUAUAUAUAUAUAUAUAUAUAUAUAUAUAUAUAAAAUAAACGAAACAAACUGUUCAGACACUUUGAGAUAUUUUAAUACAGAGUUUUUAAUUAGCGAUUAAAAUCUUAGUUAGGGUAAAGAUUUUAGAGUCUACUGUUUGUUAUAUUUCUGUACCUCCUCAUUUUUCCACCUACCAAUGACUCCCCUGUAUCCGUGUGUGUGGUUUUUUUUUUUUUACUUACUCCUCCCCUUUGGAAUGUACUGUAGCUCCACCCCACCGAGUCCCUGACGGCCAUCAGUGCUUUGUAAAUGAUUCUAGUAUUGUAAUUAAUGGAUAUAUUUCGUAUUGAACCCGAGCAAAAAAAAAGUUUUUUUUUUGUUUUUUUUUUAAUAAAAAAUAAAUAUAUUUGUACAGUCUUAUUAGAUUGAGAAAUGUUCUAUUGUAAAUUUAAAGGUAUUACCUGGUACAAAGAUCCCCAGCUUUUUAACUCAACUCUGAGAUUUUUUUUUUAUAGAGUCCGAAGCCAGUUAAUCACUUAUUAGGUUUAUGGGACGCGGAGCUGCUGUGGGCUUUUAUGCGCAGUCACCACUAGGGGGAGCCACAAGCAGAGCGUUUGCUGUGGCAAGUCGUAACAGGUGGUGUCAGAAACGGCCCACGUGCCAUAGAUCUAAAUUCUUGUGCAUGUCCACAUCAUUUAUGAAUUGUUUGGGAUUCUGCUAUUUAGGGUAAUAUGGCUUUGUCCUCAUGCUACAAUAUAUUGUCUACUGCUAGCUUUGCUGUUAAAAUGACAGUUUAUUGGGAGGGUGACAAUUUGUUAGGCACUCUAAUCACUAAUCACCAACUCCUUCAACAUCUUCAUCAGUUUUCCCAAUGAUUCCCUGUACCCCCGUGGGCCUAUAUACAGUGUAUACAAAGUUCUAAUUGCUGUACUGAGCCGACCCCAGCUAAGGGCAGUGCAAGGGAACCCUGG